AAAUCCAAGCCAAUAGAAACGAUGUUUGCUGAGGAUGGAAGAUGGCGCCGCGGUGGCGCUGAGUGCGGCGGCGGGACGGUGGCUGAAUGCUCCCUGUCCGACACCGCUUGCUGGGUCUGCCUCGCUCCUUCCCUCCGCCGCUUGAUGGCACCCGGCUCGUCCUCCCAUCGCAAACAUGUCGAGUGACGGCGGCAAGAAGCAGUUCUGGAAGCGGAAUGUUUCCAAAGUCCCGGGCAGUAUACAACAUGUUUAUGGAGCUCAGCAUCCUCCAUUGGAUCCUCUGUUGCAUACAAACCUGCUCAAAGCAAAUUCAAAGCCUAAUUCAGCUUCAAUGAGGGCAAAGAAGGUUACUACGUUCCAAGAGUUUGAAAGUAUUACAAGUGAUGCUUGGGAUGUUGGAGAUGAUGAUGAUGACCUUAUGGCUAUGGCUACUCAAAAUCUGAAUACUGAUGUUGUUAUGGAAACAGCAAAUAAAGUAAUUCAAAUACACAGCAAGUUACAGGAACAGAAGCAGCAGAACAAACCAAUGGAGACAUCUGGAGAACGAUUGGAUGAUAUGGAGCAAGCAGACAAUAGUGUGGAAAACACAGUAAAGUCCAACAGCGGCUCAGAGUUUGAUACAUCAACAGACUUAAAUCAUCGUGAGACGACCCUGUCACAAAGGCAGCAGUCGGUCUCCCCAACAUCGCCAACUCUAUCGGCAGCAGGAAUUGCAGACCAGAAUUCCUCAGAUGGGCCUCUAAUGUCGGAAAGAGAAAUGACUCGUUUAGAAAAAUUCAGACAGCUGUUGGCAGGUCCAAAUACUGAUUUAGAAGAGUUGAGAAAACUCAGCUGGUCUGGAAUCCCAAGACAGGUCCGGCCAAUUACAUGGAAACUACUUUCAGGUUACCUACCUGCAAAUGUAGAAAGAAGAGAAAGUACGCUACAGCGGAAACGGACAGAGUAUUUUGCUUUCAUUGAACAGUAUUAUGAUUCCAGAAAUGAUGAACACCAUCAAGAUACAUAUCGACAGAUUGCCAUUGAUAUUCCCCGUAUGACUCCUGAGAGUUUAAUACUGCAACCAAAAGUACGAGAGAUCUUUGAGCGUAUACUUUUCAUAUGGGCAAUUCGGCAUCCAGCCAGUGGCUAUGUCCAGGGUAUAAAUGACCUUGUCACGCCUUUCUUUGUAGUCUUCGUUUUUGAAUAUAUUGAAGGAGAGGUGGAAAAUUUUGACGUUUCCAGUUUGCCUGAUGAAGUGUUGCAGAAUAUUGAAGCUGAUAGUUUCUGGUGCAUGAGCAAAUUACUUGAUGGCAUUCAGGAUAACUACACAUUUGCACAGCCAGGGAUUCAGAGGAAAGUGAAAGCAUUACAGGAGCUUGUAAGCCGGAUCGAUGAGCAAGUACACAAACACUUGCACCAAGCAGAAGUUGAAUACCUGCAAUGCUUUCGAUGGAUGAAUAACUUACUGAUGAGGGAGCUUCCCCUGCGGUGUACCAUCCGGCUAUGGGACACGUAUCAGUCUGAACCAGAGGGAUUCUCACACUUCCACUUGUACGUUUGUGCUGCCUUCCUUAUCCGAUGGAGAAAAGAACUAUUGGAAGAGAAAGACUUUCAGGGACUUCUGAUCCUUCUGCAGAAUUUACCCACGAUGCACUGGGGGAAUGAAGAGAUCAGCAUCCUUCUGGCUGAAGCUUACAGACUGAAAUAUGCAUUUGCAGAUGCACCAAAUCACUACAAACGAUAAAAACCAAAUGAGAAGAGAGACGUGUAAAUGUGAAAGCUCUAAUUUUUCAUCUGUACUUAAGUUUUUUUGUCAUUAUAAAAUAACCCCAUUAACUUGGCAUGUUGUGCUCAUUGCAGAAGUUGAGUUCUUUUGUUCAUUUGGAAACAAAAAGCAUAAAUUAAUGUAAUAUAUAUUUGUCACAAUAAUUACACCAAAUUACAGGCACAGAUUAAGCAAUUUGCCUCUGUACAUAUGGGUAAAGUGAUGGUGAAGGGAUGGAUUCAUUGCUUAAUAAUAGGUUAUUUUGAGCACUUGAUAACUGAGGCUUUCCAGGUUUUCUUAUGACGAUUGGUUAUAUUUUUAUCUGUCUCUGCUUAAUUUUUAAUCUCUGAACUGCUUUGCAACAUUGUGUUCAGUUGAUCUUUCUCCAGAACACAAACCGUAGCAAACAUAAUUGCACCACGAGCUGUUGGCAAUUGGCAAACUCUUCGGGGUUACUUUUUGAAUAUAUGGGAAGGACUUCCAUUUCAAAAUUUGAAACAUCUACAUAACCAAAUUCAAAUAAGUUGACUCAACAACCACAACAUGAUUAUAAAAUCACUAUUGAUUCCUUAUAACUGUUUACAGAAGUUGAAAUAGUGCCUGACAUCGAAUGAAAUGUACCCGUGGGUGAACUAUUUAUGCUCCCUCUAUUAAAGUCUCUAUUACUGAAUACUGAAAGUAUUUCUUCUCAAAUGGAAUAUUGUAUUGUGAUCAAUUAUAAACUUUUUAAAAUGGAGAUUGAUUUAAGAUUGAAAAUAGUGUUUCAAAUUCUUUAUUUUUCCAAAUGUAGUCCAUCCUAGUUAAUCUACUGUACUCUAAUAUACCAAAGAAUCCUUGAUAACACUUAAUGUCUGUGACUGUCACAUAUCUAUCCAGGAAUAGUAAUCCAACAACAUUGUUGGACCAUUUGUUUUCCCCCAUUAUUUUGUUUUUUCCAUUCCUUCUCCAAGUCCAUUUCAAAGAGAGCUCAAUGAAAAUAGUUCCCAAUAGACUCUUGGCUAUCACAGUGGAACAUUUGAAAUCUAAUUAAAAAUGUGCAGUG